AGGACAGAUACAGGGAAUUUUCCAUACCAUUCUUCUGCUUUGGUACCUGAACGCACCGUGACGCUCUGCGAUGACGUAAGGACGUGAGAAGCACCGAGUACCAAGGCUGGCACACAUUAGUUGGACCGGAGGGGUAACGGCAUGCACAGCAGUGGGUCAUGGCUUGGAAGUCGAAGACUCGCAGUCUACAGGUGUUUGACACGGAGCUGAGCGCCGACACAGUGGAGUGGUGUCCCGUUUCACCCAGUCACAGCAUCCUGGUCUGCGGAACCUAUCAGAUACAGAAAAGGGGAGGGGAAGAAGAUGCCACCCCGAGCAGGAUCGGUCGUCUCUACCUUUUUGAAUUUCGGCGUGAGGGACUGAUGUGCCCGCCUCUUACUGAGCUGCAGCGCAUGGACACGGCAGCCAUUUUAGAUUUGAAAUGGUGCCACGUGCCUGUAUCAGACAGGGCAGUGCUGGGAAUGGCAGCAGCUACCGGGGAGCUGCAGCUGUACACGCUGUCUCACAAUCAGGAGGGCAGCCACAGUCUGCAGUCUCUGUGUAGUCUGGAGGUUGGAGCAGAGCGGCUGGCUCUGUCGUUAGACUGGUCGACUGGGAGAAUGGACAGCAGUGAUGUACGGGUGGUGUGCAGUGACUCUGCAGGCUGCAUCAGCGUGCUCUCCCUGGCUGAAGGCGCUUUAACGGCCCUGUCGCAGUGGAAGGCCCACGACUUUGAGGCCUGGAUCUCAGCCUUCUCUUACUGGGACACACAGCUGGUGUACUCUGGCGGUGAUGACUGCAAACUGAAAGGCUGGGAUCUAAGGAUCGGUCCCUCCAGCCCUACUUUCACCAGUAAAAGGCACUCAAUGGGCGUGUGCAGUAUUCACAGCAACCCUCAUCGGGAGCACAUUCUGGCUACAGGCAGUUACGAUGAGCAGAUUUUGCUCUGGGAUGGCCGAAACAUGCGACAGCCCCUCAGUGAGACUCCAGUGGGUGGUGGAGUGUGGAGACUGAAGUGGCAUCCCACCCAUGAGCACCUGCUGCUGGCAGCCUGCAUGCAUAAUGACUUCCACAUCCUUCACUGUCAGCAGGCUUUAGAGGGCAGUGCAGGAGCGUGCCCCCUUGCAGCCUCCUACAUCCUCCACAGCUCCUUGGCAUAUGGAGCAGACUGGUCCAGGCUGUCCCUGGAGGACCCUGCUCCCUGUUCCCCGCCCACCACAGAACCAAAGGAGAGCGCUGCAGAGAGCCGAGGACACUUAAGGAUUCAGUAUGAAUCUCCCACUGCCAGCUUUGACACUUCCCUGGAGGACGAUGCUGGCCGAUACAUCCCAGAGGGAAUUACAGCACCUCAGACCACCCCUACUCCAGGUCCUGCCCUCAACCCAGAUGAGGACACUCCCUCACUGUCCUGUCUGCUGGCAAGCUGCUCAUUCUAUGACCACAUGCUCCAUGUGUGGCGCUGGGACUGGACCCCAGACAAGGCUCUACAGGAAUCACAGCAAUGUUGACACUACUGAAAUCAAAAUGUGUAGCCUGACAACAGCAAGGGCAUGUUAUGCUGUUUUUCCAUUCACUGUUUUUAUCAUGAAGAUUCCUAUACUUUGGAAUGACUUAUCAUGUUAUAUGCAAUUAGCAAAACCCUCUAUUUUCAUAAUGACACAAUUUUUUUAUAAACUUGUAUUUAAGCAAAAAUUGUUUAUAAUCCUCAUACUCAUGUCCUAUAGCUACAAGAGCAAUACAACUAUUCACCUACACAAAGUCUUUAUUCUGGUUCUUUUUUUAAAAGUAAUUGUACUGUAAGGAUAAUUGUUAGAAUAAGAUAUACACACCUUGUUUAAAGAUGAUCAUUUAUUU